CUGUGAUUCGGCCCGCUAAAGCGCUGGCCGCGGACUACAGUUCCUAGAAUGCUCCACGCCACCUUGUAUUUGAGGCCGGAGGCUGCGAGGUGGGAAUGUCGCCGGUGCAGAAGUGGUAGGCCUGGCAGUACCGGGCGGACUGAGUGGAGUCGGAACGUGGGCUCUGGUUGGUCUGGGUUUCCGUGGUGGCCGUGUUUCUGAAAGGACGGCUCUUAACAAGGCCCUUAGGGACUAGGGAGAAGAUUGGCUGUGCCUGGGUUUGGACGGGAUGGGCGCGAGGGGGAUGGAACAUUGAGGGGCUCCAUGCCUGGCCUGGCGCGACACUCCCGGAACCGCUGUGGCUGAGGGGCGGGCUGGCGAUUUUUAAAAUGUCUUCAUGGAGUUGGUUGAAUAGAUUUGAAGACGCGACGUUAUUCUGGGAUACUUUGACUUUACUUGCGGCUCCUAGAAAAUGUCCCACCGUCUGGGAAGCUGCGACGGAAUGCAUAGGAGAUAGAAGAAGUUCCUUGAUGUGAUACGAGCCAAAACGCGCUUGGGACUUGUAGGUCGUUAAAGUUGGCAUCGCACGGGAGAAACAUAAGCAUUCCCCUGUGUCCACAACCCCAGAUACACUUUGCGUUUUAAUAAGAGGCUAGGCACACCGAGAAGACAGAUGAGCGCCGCAGCCGCCUUUCUUCCUAGGCGUGUGAAGAUACUCAGAGUUCCCUACUAACGUUUGCACCAAGGCGUGGGAACCCUAAGCAUCAGCUUCUGGGGUAAACGAUGUGAACUACCUUUUUUCAAGUACACUCCAAACCAAGGAAAGUCCAUUAGGGAAGAUGAACUUGCUGGGCAAGAAUGCACAUGACUGGGCAGUGCUGUGAAGGAGCUGCAGAAAGCCCCGAAGCCCAGGAUGGCACUGAAAACCAGGAAAGGAUUGAGAGGUUCCAUUGAUGAUGUCCUUGGUGACCUCCUGGGAGAUGACACGACGUUGCUUGAGAAGCCUGUUGAGCCAGCUUCACAUGCCAAAGACGCAGCAAGCACACCUCAGUGGCCCCCUUCAAAGGCUAAAGCAAAGUCCUACCCAAAAGACAGUGUUGAAGGACUGGCAAGAGCUGAUGCUGAGGUCUCCAGUGUAUCGGACGCAGACCCGCAGGUCUUCUUGCAGAACAUGAAGGACUUAGACAGCAUGGAUGAUGAUCUCUUUGGUCGGAUGAAGUCUCACCCAACCUCUGGCAAAGGAACUGCAAAGGGUUCUGGGAAAGAAGUGCCUAGCAAUCCCAAACCUGCUGGUACAUUAACAGCUAAUGAGAAAGGGAACGCCAUUCCCACUAAGAAGCCACCACCAUCUUCCAGCAACUUUGGGCUUCAGUACAAGAAGUUUUCCUUUGAAGACUUUGAAGACCCACUGGCAGAACUUUUGUCUGAUGAAGAGGAAGAAACUGCCAAGAAGCCGCCUGCGAUGGAGACUAAACCUGCUUCCAAGAGCCCCAGCACAGCUGCAGGCCACCAAGGCCCUUCUGUUCCUCUAACUCCUGGGGAUACUCCCAUCCGGAAGAAAGAAUUGCUGUUUGACGAAGGGGAUGACAUCAUGACCACCCUAGGUUUUGAAGACAGCCCCAGUGCAGAGAGGAGGAGAACAGGAGACCAGGAGGGCCCAACUCCUGCUCGCUCCAAGCUGGAUGAACUGCUGGGUCGAGGCACAGCUGCCAAGCUUCUCACUCGCCCGGGCAUGGGGGAACACAGAGAGUUCAAGCUAGACAAGAAGUAUCAGAAGCCGGAGGACAAAGAAGACAGCUGGGAUGAUGAGAUCCUUACCUUUGGGGCUUACCAGCCUACCGUGGCCUCCUCCGAGGGCAGACAGUCCCGCCGGCAGUCAGUCAGCAGGUUCUUGGGAGAAGGUGGCUCAGACCCUAAAGGGGAACCCAGCUUCAAACAGAGCCCUCCACCAGCUUCCAGCCCCAUCCACCCCAGGAAAGGAGGAGCUGACUGGCUAGGCUUGAAGGAUGAUGGCCUGGACCUUCUCUCUCCCGCUCCUGUUCAAAAGCCCCAACAAGAAGACUCAGCCAUGACCCCCUCCCUGCCUGCUCCUCCAAACCAGCACUCAGCCACAGAGCCACACUCUGCCCCAGCUGGACCGCCCUCGGCAGCAAAGCCACCAGCCAAGGGUGCAAUGGCCCCUGCCAAAGCCAGCCAGGCCUCCUCACUGAAAGCAUCUGAGGAGAAGGAAGACGACUGGUUGAGCCAUGUCAUAUCUCAGAAGAAAUCCCAAAGUCUAGCCAGAGCAGAGCGUGCUGGGCCCUUGAAGGGCGUGACCUCACUGGGAUCAUUGGGUCAGACUCCUUCUAGCAGCCAGCCUGUUGCUAGCACUCUGGCCCUCGAGCAUGCCGCUGCUGGAGAAGCCUCGAGAGCAACUACACAAGGACUUGCAGCUGUCAGGCCUGCCGUCACAGGGUCCUCCAUGAGUUGGAGCCAAGCCACUGCCAUCCUCCCUGUAGAUGACCCCAAAAGAGGAAUGCCCUGUGCCUCUGGGGACUUCUCUAACAGAGAGCCUGCAGUUUAUGUUCCGCAUUCCCAGGAUCCCACAGGGCUCUCUGUGCCUGUCCAGUCUCUGCUCCCAGAGUCCAUGAUGCAGACUCUGCUGCCAGGCUCGGGAUACCAGAAGCAGCUCCUGGCUGCCCAAGGGCAGCUUCAAAGCAGCUCUGCCCAGCUUCAGGUUGAGCUGCUGCAGAGCCAGACCAAGCUGUCAGAGCUGGAGGCCCAGGUGCGAAAGUUGGAGCUGGAGCGGACGCAGCACAGGAUGCUGUUGGAGAGUUUGCAACAGCGGCACCAGGCGGACCUGGAGCUCAUUGAGGAUGCACACAGAAGCCAUGUCAAGGUGCUAGAAUCAUCCUACCAGCAGAAGGAGGAGCAGCUCCGCCGAGAGAAGGAGGCACUGUCAGCUCAGCAUGUAUCAUACUGCCGGGAAGCUGAGCAGGCCAGGGCUGAGCUCAUAGCCCAGCACCAGCGGCACUUGGCCAUGGCUGCCCAGGAGAAGGACCAGGAGGUGGCACGGCUUCGGGAGCUUCAGCAGGCAUCCAUUCUGGAGAUGCGCAAGGACCAUGAACACCAGCUACAGCGGCUGAAGAUGCUGAAGGACCAAGAGAUUGAUGCUGUCACCAGUGCCACCUCCCAUACUCGGUCCCUGAACGGCAUCAUUGAGCAGAUGGAGAGGUUUUCCAGCAGCUUGAACGCACUGUCCUCCCGUGUGGAAGCAUCGCACCUUAGCACCUCCCAGGAACGAGAGUUGGGCAUCCGGCAGCAAGAUGAGCAGUUGCGAGCUCUGCAGGAACAGCUGGGCCGGCAGCAGCGAGACAUGGAGGAAGAGCGCAGCCGGCUCCAGGAGGUCAUCGGGAAAAUGGAGGUGCGCCUGAGUGAGCAGAGCCGACUCCUGGAACAGGAACGCUGGCGGGUGGCUGCCGAGAAGUCCAAGGCUGAGUCAGCACAACGCACUCUAGAGGAACAGAGGAGGAUCAUGGUCCAGCAGAUGUCCAUGGAGAGGGAGGAGUUGGAGAGAGCCAAGAGUGCCUUGCUAGAGGAGCAGAAGUCAGUCAUGAAUAAGUGUGGGGAAGAGCGGCGGCGCCUAGCGGCAGAAUGGGCCGAGUACUUCACACAGCAGAAGCUGAGUAAGGAACGGGCUGAGCGCGAGGCUGAGAGGGCACUUCACGCAGACUCCCAGCGGGAGGGCACCAUCAUCAGCCUGACCAAGGAGCAGGCAGAGCUGACCGUGAGGGCCUGUGAGCUCCGGGCCAAGGAGGAGAAGCUGGCUGCUGAGAGGGAGGCUUUGGAGAGAGAGCGCCAAGAGCUCCGGCUGGAGAAGGACAGGUUGCACAAAGCCAGCCUGCGCCUCCAGGCCCGCGCACAGGAGCUGGAGCACAUGAGCAAGGUGGCCUCCAAGAAGUACGAGGAGGGUGAACAGGCGCUGCAGGAGGCCCAGCAGAUACAGUCUGAGCAGCAGAGCCGGCUGCAGGCAGUCCAGCGGCAGCAGGAAUGGCUGCGGCAGCAGGAGCAGCGCGUGCACCAGGAGCAUCUUAGCCUGGCUCAGCAGAGGCUGCAGCUCGACCGUGUGCGACAGGAAGUACCCUCUAGCCUUCCAGUGCUGCCCUCCGGAGUUCAGGACCCAGAAGCCUCCAGCCUGGAUGCCAUCCAGGCCCCUGCUUCCACCACUCCUCAGCGUAGCCAGACCCCUGCUGCCCAGGUGCCCACACACCUUCUCGCCAAGCUGCUGCUGCUAAAGCACACAGCGGAACAGGACCAUGACUUCCUGGAGAAUGAACAGUUCUUCCUGGAAACUCUGAAGAAAGCGCCCUAUAAUAUGGCAUACCAUUCUGCCUGAAAAUGCCGACUGCCUCCUCAGCGAGCACCUGGCUUGGAGCUCUCUCUCACUCUGACCAGCACCCCGCUCCAUGAAAAAGGUUCUUAGGAAGGUGCUGCACUGGCCAGAGCCUGAUUACAGCAUUUUGUGUGGACAGGGUAUGUGUGUGUUCUUCCCAGGUGCUGUGACCGGCAGCUGAGAGGCAGUGGGUGCCUUCCCUUGGGGAGCAGUGACACUGAGGCCAUCCUGCCACCCCCUUUUGUCUUACAGUACGGCUCAUCACCCCUCUACAGGGCAGCCACUGGGGAGCAUUAAUGCCCGGGCUGCUUUUGAGGCAGGGACUUAUUUCAGGGCAGUAGGGUGGGACACCGUGAACAGCCUUCCCUGACUGAGAAGUCCCCUCCCAAAUGGGAACAGGGAGAACCUUCUAGCCCAGCAAGUGGGAGGCCUGGCCAGGCACAAGGAUGGCAUGUCCUCGGGGGCUCCAUGCCCAGAUGGAUUCUUCUACUUUAGUGUUUCUGGGCUUCAUCCAGUACUUCAGCCACACUCUCGGCUAGCUUACACAUGUCCCCAGCUCAUUCCCAUUACUUCCCAGUGACCAGCUCACUCAUCAUGAACACCAGCGUCGUCCUCAUGCAGGUCCCCACCAGAGGUCAGGUGGGGUCAGGAGAGGGGUAGCGGAGGGGAAGUGGUUCGGCAGACCCUGGACAGGACUCACAAAGAAACUGCAGUUGCUUCUACAGCAGCUUCCAUGAAGGAGUGCGCCUCACUUUCCCACCUGAGAGGGCGUGUCCACAGAAGCACGUGGGCAGAGGAGCGGACCAGAGGAUAUGGUGCAGCUUCUGCUCUGCUCUUGAGAGCCACUCCUCAGGGGACCUAACUCAAGCCGACGACUUGCAGCUUUGAUCUUGGAUCCAUUAAACCGUUGUAUUCGU